AUGUCGUCGUCGCGAAAAGUCUGCGUCACAGCCGCUGACGGAAACACGGGCUUCCUAAUCGCCGAGUUGAUCCUCAAGCAUCGAGACUUUUCCAGAAAAGUCUCCGGCGUCGUCGGUCUGGCCUUGGACCCAGACUCGGACCAUGCAAAGGAACUGAAGGAGCUGGGAGCCACCAUCGUCCGUCAUGAACCCGGCCGUCUCCGAGUUAUGAUAAAGGCCCUCAAGGAAACUGGAUGUGAUACCAUUUGUCUGGUUCCGCCGGCUCAUGAGCACAAGAUUGAGAUUUGUGAGGAGCUGGCGAGGGCGGCGAAGAAGGCGGAUAUUCCGAAUGUUUGCUUGAUUAGUUCGGCGGGAUGUGAUUAUGCAGAGAGGGAUAAGCAGCCUCGACUGAGGGAGUUUAUCGAUUUGGAGAGUUUGGUGCUCGAAUCCAAGGGAGAUCCGAGCACGUCGACGGGAACCUCUGCUUGUGUUAUCCGUGCCGGGUUCUAUGCUGAGAACCUGCUUCUCUACGCUCCGCAGGCUAAGGAAGAGGGUAUUCUUCCACUGCCCAUCGGCGAAAAGCACAAGUUUGCUCCAGUAGCGCUUGGUGAUGUUGCCCAUGUUGCUGCCCAUGUACUCACAGGCAAGGGAAAGCAUGGGUUCGACGACAAGCAUCGAGGACAGAUGAUGGUGGUGACUGGACCGACGCUCUGUGCAGGAAAGGAGUUGGCAGCAGCAGCAAGCAAAGCCCUUGGAACCGAGUUGCAGUUUGAGCACAUCGCCCAAGCGGAAGCGAAAAAGGUUCUCAAGGCGCAGUCAGACAUUGACCAGUCUGAGCAGCAGUACAUUCUCGAGUACUAUAGUCUUGUCCGUGAGGGGAAAACCAACUACGUCGCCACCACUGCGUUUCACGAUGUGACUGGGGAGCAUCCCACAGGGGCAGAAAACUUUUUCCAGAUGUAUCAGUCUGAGAUGCGACCGAAGAAAAAGGCCAAGCAUGAGCACAAAGGAUGA